UCGCUUGUUCUGAAGUUUAAGCAUUUUAUUCACCGAGCUAAACACAGCGGCGAGGAUUUUCCUCUUUUUGGGAAUUCUCGUUUUGAAAUUGCACAAAGUGGGUUAAGACCUUUUAAAACAACGAUUGUAAUGUUGUCUUUAUGACAAUACCAACAUAUGAGCAUCAUGCUAACGAAAACAAGCAAAUCUGUAAACUAUUUGAAACAACAAGAUAUGAGGAAGAAGAUUGGGAAGGAGAUGGAGGAGAAGUUGGAUGCUGCGAUUGAGAAGGAGAUGGAGGAGAAGUUGGAUGCUGCGAUUGAGAAGGAGAUGGAGGAGGAGUUGGAUGUUGCGAUGGAGAAGGAGAUGGAGGAGGAGUUGGAUGUUGCGAUGGAGGAGGAGAUGGAGAAGUUGGAUGUUGCGAUGGAGGAGAAGACGGAGGAGGAGUUGGAUGUUGCGAUGGAGGAGGAGAUGGAGAAGUUGGAUGUUGCGAUGGAGGAGGAGAUGGAGGAGGAGUUGGAUGUUGCGAUGGAGGAGGAGAUGGAGGAGGAGAUGUGCAAAUAGGUAGUGGAGUAGGUGAUUCGCAGCUUUCACAAGGUAUGUAUGGUUGAUUGACA